AUGGCCGCGAGCCACCUGGCCGUCGUCGGCAAGUACGCCAUGACGGAAUUCCAGCGCCUCCUCAUGACGAUGCCGAUCCACUUCUCGAACACGCUCGCGAAGACCCACGUCCUCGACGCGGGCUUCAUCCCCCUGACGACGUCCCUCGAGGACGCCAUCACCUCCAUGGUCGCCCUCGGGAUCAAGCCUAAGAUGAAGAAGACAAUAAUGUCGCUUUUCGAGCAGGAGAACGGCGCGGACCAGGUUCCGCGGCGCUCCACGCGGCGCCCGCGGAGCUCGCAGCGCAAGCGCCCGCGCGACGGCGGCGAGGAGAACGACGGCAACGGCGAGGAGGACGACGGGGCGCGGCCGCCGCGAAAGCGGGCCGCGCCGGGCGCGGGGCCCGCGGAGAACGCGGGCCCGCGCGUCGUCGAGCGGGCCGUCCCGGAAGCCCGGGGCGAGUUCCAGGUCACCUCAUACUUCAGCGACGAGCACCACGAGAAAGCGCGCAAGCUGCGCGCCGAGUCGGCCGCGCACCAGGCCGCGCAGCAGCGCGAGCACCAGGCCGCGCAGCAGCGCGAGCGCCGGCGCGACCCGGACGUGGCGUGGUCCAACGCCGUGGCGGUAUUGGAGCACCGCGCGACGGCCGGGCCGUACUUCGGCGGCGGGCCGAAGUGCCGCGGCUGCGGCGAUCCCGCGCACAAGAGCCAGACCUGCCCGUACGGCGGCUACGCGCAGACAGUCGAGGAACGCCGCCUCGUCUGGAAGGCGCAGACGCAGGGCGCGGCGCGGGCCUCCAGGGCCCUCACGGGCACCGGCGGCGGCCGCGACGGCGCCAUCGCGCACCGCGAGGAGGUCGCCGCGGAGCGGUCCCGCGUGCCCGACCUGCCGCCCACGCCGGGCGCGACGGCGCAGCUCGACUCCGACCGCUGCCUCGGCAAGUGCGGCGACAGCUGCUACGGCGACGACUGCCCCUACGGCGUCUGCCAGGUCGCGGACGCGCGGGUCUUCGCGAGCUGCGCCGUCGGCUGCGACGGCGCCGCGUGCUCGCGCGGCAACUGCGCGGGCGUCGCGACGGACGCGCGCGCGCUCCUCUCCACGGUGCGGCUCCCCUACGGCUUCGGCGUGCCGCUCUCCGAGGGCGACUACGAGCGGCGCGCGAAGAAGUUAGAGGUGAGGAGGUCGUCCGCGAUCCACUGCCUCGCCGCCGAGAUGAGCGAGGCGUCGGAGGUGCUCAAGGCCAUGGAGCUCGCGGUGAUGAAGGAGCGCGUGCAGCAGACGCCCAUCGAGGACUACAGCACGCCCUUCCUGCACCCGCUCCUCGACGACGUCGACAAGAUCUGCCGCGGCUGCGGCGCGGACCUGCCCCUCCGCUUCUUCGUCCCCGAGCAGCCCGGGGAGCAGGCCGAGUUCGACCGCGCCUCGGCGACCUACCUCGCCGCGAAGCUCCCGGGGGGCGACCUCCCGCUCGACGACGCGCGCGCCUUCCUCCUCGACGUCGCCUUCGACGACUGCCUCUGCUGCCGCGACCUGGAUUUCCUGCGGAAGCUGAACCCGUCGACGACCUACCGCUACCGGCGCGCGGUCCUCGAGGUCAUGCGCCGGCGGCGGAUGGGCUCGAACUGCAAGGGCGACGGCUGCAAGGGCGACGGCGGCGACGGCCUGUCGCUCACGGACGCGCGCAACUGGGCCGUGAUGCAGCUGCAUCACGGCAACGCCCGCGGCGCGAAGGCGCGGGACGCCGACGGCCGGACGAUCAGCCCGACGUCCGUCGCUGCCUUCGAGUCUCUCGAGGCUUUGGUCAACGAGGUGGAAACCUGCGAGGCGCUCGUCUGCGCGGUCUGCCACCGCCUCGAGACGCAGGAGGAGUACGAGGCCGAGGUCCUCGCGCGGCUCGAGGAGGGCGCGCACAGCACCGACGGGCAGGCCGUCGAACGCCGCGCCAACUAUUACGCGAAGAAGGAGUUCAACAACAGCUUCAAGCGCUCAGUCGGCGCCUGCGCGUCCUGCGGGCUCGUGGUGCGCCCAGGCAUCGAAUGCGCGUUCGACUGGGCGCACCACGUCGGCGCGGAGAUCACCAAGUACAUCGACUCUUUCUUCGCGAGCGGCAUCAUCAAUGGCUGGUCGGCCUUCGACGACGCGUGGAAACUGCACUACUUCCAGUACAUCGCGCGAUGCCGAUUGCUGUGCGCCAACUGCCACAAACGCCACGAUACCGACGUGGCCAACCGGCGACGCACGGAGGAGCGCCUCGCGCGCAUCUCGGGGCUGGGGCUGUGGCGCAUGUGAUAACUUGAUUGCCGCGU